GGGAUAUAGAUUUCCUCAAUUUGAAAAGUUCAUAUUUUUCGAAAGAAAGGGUGGACUGCUAAAAGCGAUUUUGUAAAAUUUUCAGUUCCAACUGUACGAACCGGACAACAAAAAACUUGAGAUACACAUAAUUCUGGUAACAUUAUCUUCUCUGCGUCUCUCUGAACUCUCACUGCAGAACUCCAGUAUCCUUGAAUUCCAAAUAAAAAGAGAGGGUAAAAGUGAAGGAAAAUGGCCGCUCUCCAAAGCUCGUUCACCUCUCUAAGUCUGGGGGCCAACACUUUUCUCGGGCAACGCCUCUCCCCUUCGCUCUAUCUGCCUGUGGUUAAAAAAUCAGAGCAGCCAGUUCGAAUUGUUGCAAAGCUCAAGCGGUGGGAGAGAAAAGAGUGCAAACCAAACAGCCUACCAAUCAUACACAAGAUGCAUGUUAAACUCGGGGACACUGUAAAAGUUAUAUCUGGAAGAGACAAAGGUAAAAUUGGCGAGGUUACCAGCGUUAUCAAGCAUAACAGUACCAUAGUCAUAAAAGAUAUUAACUUGAAAACCAAGCACGUCAAGAGCAAGGAAGAGGGAGAACAAGGGCAAAUAAUCAAGAUAGAAGCACCUGUUCACAGUUCAAACGUGAUGCUUUACUCUAAGGAGCAGAAUGUGGCGAGCAGAGUUGGUCACAAAACCCUGGAAAAUGGUAAAAGAGUUCGGUACCUCAUAAAAACUGGCGAAAUCAUUGACAGUGCUGAAAACUGGAAGAGAGUGGUGAAAGAGAAAGAAAAAUCCACUGAAUUAGCUGCUGCCUCGUAAUGGAAAGGUGCUGCUGAAUUUACCUGACAAUUCUUGUGUGAAAGAUCAGUUAUAUACGCUCCUGUGCGCAGCUAAUAUUUUUUGGACAAAUAUUUUGCCUUCCUCCAAAAGAUCAAAUUAGCUUAAUUCUUUUUCGUGGACAUGUGGUGUAUGGUGCUUUUGGCUCGUGAAUAGUGUAAUGCAUUCACUGGUUUGAUAAGAUUCAUGAAUCUUUUUUCUUUUACUAUUACUUUUUUCUUCAAAAUUUGUGUAUUGUCUGCGAAUCACCACCAAUUUACUAAGUGCCCUGAAGUCAUUUGAAACAAAAGCUGAAGUCUCCUCACUCUCCU